AUGGAAGGGCAAGAGUUGCCUUGUGAGGAGCAAGCAAAGCUCCCUCGUCGUGCCAUUAUCAGCUCGUUAUUUAACAGCCUCGAGGUGAAAAUUGUUUUCUUCGAGUGCGUCCUCGAGUUUAACGGAUACCCCGACGGCAUAGAGAGGAAUCAUCCUUUCCCUACGCGUUCAGAGGAGGCGAUUCUUUCGAAUGUGGAGAAGGACACGAUACAUGUCUCUCAAGUGAAGAGCCUGACACUGCUGCCGUCUGGUAUGCACAGGACGCCGAGAGGGGUUAGUGGCAAGGUCGUAAAGAAAGACACCGAAGAGGAUCGAAUUAUGCACCUUAUUCACGAGGAGCAAUCAAAGUCGUUACCACUUAACGGCGUGGUCUCCGUGCUGGAUGUCCUCAAUGCAGAUUUUGCGGUUAUGUCCAAGUGGUCAGUCCCGCUUAGGUGUGACCGCUGGUUUCCAUCUUUGCACAGGGUUCUCCGCGUGAUACUUUUAACAGAAGAAAUAAGGUGAGAUCUAUGAACGAGCGUGAGUAAGUAAGUAUCAGACACGGUAAGGUAUACGUACCUCAGUCGGGCACAGCGAAGGUGAAACGACUGGGGUACCUGGGUAACGACGGCUGGACUAUAUAGUGAUCGAGAAAGGACAGGAG